AUGGACAAUAUCGAGCAGCUGAUCCAGGACGCCAGCGCCAUCAAGCUGCCAAAGUGGAAGCUCGACAAGCUCAAGGGCGAGUGGGAGGCCGAGUUCCGCAAAGGCGACCAGAACCUGAGCGAGAUCGACCAGGUCAAGGUCGAGAACCGCCAUCUCAAGGAGCAGCUCAAACGCAUGGAACAGAUGUACCAGCAGCUCAACCUCGAGCACACGCAGCUGGCGAACGAGCUCCUCGAGUACAAGCUCAAGGCCGAGAAGAGCGGGCGAUCGUGUCGAGGCGCUCGAGAGCCAGACUCUCGGCCGAAGCCAAGGUCAAGGAGGAGAUGGACUACUCUGUGCAAGAAGAACCUGGCUCUGGUUGGGUACAACGACAAGCUGCAGGACGAGAUCCAGGUGCUUGAGAUGGAGCUCAUCAAGACCCGCCAGGAAUACGUCGCCGUUUGUCGAGGAGCGCGACGAAAUGAUCCAGAAAUGGGACGGCCUCAAGCGGGUGCUGGGUUAGCGACCGCCGCGGCUGCAUUGGGGGCCGUGAUGGUUGCUCACGGGUGCGGCCGUGUGCGAGCCGAUGCGGUGCCAUCGACUGUGCAGUAG